CGUUCAUAUUCGCGAUCACCGCCGCAGAUUUCGUCCGCGCAUCUCUUUGCCUCAACAUCGCUGCCAUCGUCGGGGCAUGUUAUAUAGAUCUAUAGAACAGGAUGCUGGUGAUAUGGUCGUUCUUGCGCACUGUCCGCUGGGACAAUCGAGUGUACCGACCUCACACAUUCUACCUACAAGAUGAAGUACUACGAUGCCCUUCGCAAGAGAAGAAACAACUACACUCAGCAUGACCCCGAGACAAUGGAGUAUCUCGUUCAUUUUAAUGAUUGGGUGGGGUUGUACCUAUGGCUUGGUCUGAUAGGUAUUAUCGGGAUAGUGACCGUUUUUCAUUGGACCGACAAGAUUCAGGGAUACUACCGCCGUCGUCAUGCUGGUUUCCGCUCUCGAGAAAAACGAUUGCCCAGGACCCGAUCUAUACGAUCCAUCCGAUCGGUCACGGAGACAGGGGAUGUCGAAGUGAACCCUCAUGUCAGCAGCGGGCGAAGCAUCGGCAGCGGCAAGCCUCUUGUGGUAAUCGAAGAGCAACAUCAAAUCAGUCUCAGAUAUGGAUUCUAUUGGCUGGCGGCUUUCUGGCGCAAAUACAGCAUCAAACACUCCGCCAUAGCCGAAUGGUUUGCUCUGGGAGAUCUCGGACAGUUGUUCCUGAUUGCCGUCUAUCUUCUCCUCAACUUUCUGCUCAUUUUUCUUGGAACGGCCGGCGACAUAGAUUGGAUGGCCCACCAUGCGGCGAAGUUAACUUAUGCAAACUUGCCUCUGAUCAUUGGUCUUGCUGGAAAAAACAAUGUCCUAUCGAAAUUGACCGGAUUCGCCUACGAGAGCCUCAACGUUCUUCAUCGGUGGAGUGCUAGGUUUGUUAUCAUCAGCAGCACCAUUCAUAUCGCGGGCCGCAUUCAUGUCAACGUGCCUAGCACAAGAACCGGGGUUUCUGGUAGUGGAUACAUCAUUUGGGGCUGGGUCGCUUUUGCCCUGUUUAUCUACAUGAUUGUUAUGGCAUCCCGCAAGAUCCGCAACGCAGCCUAUCAAUUUUUCCUGAUACAACACAUCAUCCUCUGGUUCGUUAUUGUGGCAUCUCUUGUGAUUCACCGGCCCCAGCUUCAGGGGUGGAUCUGGGCCGGUCUCGCGCUACACCUGCUCGAUCGAUUCGCAAGGCUUUUGCGUAUCUCUUAUUACACUAUCCUCAAGAGGGUGUCGGGGGAUGAUGAUCGUCCGGAAGGCGAGGUCACCGUACUGACCAGCGAUACGAUCCGCGUCAGCGUAAGGACUAGGCAAAAUUGGAUCGCCGGUCAACACGUGUACCUCCACUGUCCCAAGCAGUCGCCUGGGGGUCAUCCUUUUACCGUUUCUAACAUCUCGAGGCCCCUCGAUCAAACGGAUAUGCAUCGGCCACGGGAAGCAACACAGGAGUUACUGAUUCGGGUCAGGGAAGGCAUGACUAAGAAGGUCUACGAAGUCGGCAUGCAAGCGAAGGAUAUGGAGACGAACAUUGGCAACAAGGCGAAUUAUCCGAAAGAGCCUGUGCCAAUCAAAGCUUGGACGGAAGGACCUUAUGGUCAUGAGAAAUACCUAGGGGAGGAUUACAACACGCUUAUGCUUGUAGCCGGAGGCUCCGGAGUCAGCUACACAUUGUCCAACGCUAUGGACCUUGUCCGACGAGCGCGAGCAAUGCACAUUGGUUCAGAGGACAAGACUAUUGCCAUUGCGACCCGCCGCCUGCAGUUUGUCUGGAUGGUCAAGAAACCGGAGCAAGUCGCUUGGAUAAGUGAUCAUCUCCAGCAAAUGUGCGAGCUAGCACCUCCCGGAUUCCUGCACAUCACCAUCUUCGUCACGUCGAAACGUACAUCAGAUGAAGUCGCCAUUCUGCCAGGUUAUGUGACGGAAGAUAAAAGGAGUCCCGUAGAGUCUGAGGGAGAGAAAGCAGCACGACCUUCUGAGAUCGGAUCUCCAGCAGUCGAGCGCGUCGAACAUGGAAGCCGCGUGGAGCUGAGGUCUGGUCGUCCGAACUUUCGCGAACUGGUCGAGCGUGAAGUGCAACAUUCGGCAUACACAGAUUGGUGCGGUGUCGGUGCAUGCGGGCCAACCCCCAUGAAUGACUCGCUUGCCUCUGCCGUUAGCGAGGCAGUGCGUCCUGGUUCCGUUGCCCGGGGCGAGCUUCGACGCAAUAUAUACCUAACUAUCGAAGAAUUUGGCUGGUGAUGCACGAGGAUUAAUGCGU